AUGUAAAAUAUCUAACUACUGUGUAAUAAAAAAAUGAUCUGUUUAAUAUUGUGACUUUUAUAAUAUUAAACAGAAUAAGUAGCGGUAUACGUAGUAAAUAAUACAGAGUGUUUCUUAAAAGUAAAUGCAUUGAUUGUGAUAAGAUACGUGACCAAUUUUACACUUCGAGUAGCCCAUUUGGUGGACCUUUCACAAAGCCAUACGCGGUGCAGAGCAGCAGCAGAUACGAGACCGAGUGAGGCAGGCUUCGACGAAGGAACGAAGUGUUUUCCGUGCCGUGAGAAAAGUACGAAAAGACCUCUAACAAUUUCAUUGCUUGCUGUGUUUUAGAAAAGAAAGAAAUUUGGGUCUCAGCAAGCGUAGAAUAUUCAUAAAUUUAUGGAAAAUUGAAUUAUCAGUGUCCGGUCUAAGUGUUAAAAGCAGAAUUUGUGGCAAAUUAGUGUGUUGUUCGAGUUUAGAAGGCGAGUUCUGAAAGUGUUCACCGAGUUGUUGAAAGUUUUGUCGGAAAAGCAUGAUAUACGAUGCGAAUGAUUUGAAACUUGAAGAAUCGCAAAAAUAUAUGCUAAGCUAUAAUAUCGGUGACUAGUUAUAUUUUGAAUAGAAUAUCCGAUUAAGCCAAUCAACAAUAUUGGGACAGUGAGUGCAUCAUGAAAAGUAAGAACAAGCUGACGAAUUCUCCGGGAUCGGGUGGUGAAAAUACUGGUUCCAGCUAUCAUCCCUGCUCCAACAUCAAAUCGUCUACAAAUGGUGCAGGUACAAAUCCGCUGCUAGGAGGAGCGGGUACUGGCAGUGGCGGUGAAUCUGUUCAGCAACAACAGCAGCCUCACAAACCGCACAUUUCACUGGAUAAAUAUGACGAAUUCCAGUUCAAAGUGCCUCCGGAAGCACCGGUGUUCGAGCCAUCCGAGGAAGAUUUCAAAAAUCCCCUGAUCUACAUCAACAAAAUACGACCGAUAGCGGAAAAAUAUGGUAUCUGCAAAAUUCGGCCGCCCGCUAGUUGGCAGCCACCGUUUACCGUUGAUGUCGAGAAAUUAACAUUUGUGCCACGUGUGCAGCGUCUGAAUGAACUGGAAGCCGAAACUCGCAUCAAAUUGAACUUCCUUGACCAGAUUGCUAAGUUUUGGGAGCUACAAGGCUCAUCUUUAAAAAUUCCAAUGGUCGAAAGAAAGCCUCUUGAUUUGUACACACUUCAUAAGGUAGUAAACGAAGAGGGAGGCAUUGAAGUUGUAACUAAAGAGCGUAAAUGGUCCAGAGUAGCCUGUCGGAUGGGUUACCAGCAAGGAAAGAACGUGGGAACGAAUUUGAAGGCUCAUUAUGAACGCAUCCUCUAUCCAUUUGACAUUUACCGCUCUGGUAACAUCAUAGAUUUAGCCAAUUUAGAAACGGAGCAAGAGGACUGUGAGUAUAAGCCACAUUCGAUUGAGGCUCGACAGCAGAUUCAACCACCACCGGCUACCACAGCAAGAAGAUCUCAACGAUUUGCCCAGAUGAACAAAUCAGCAAGUAUUGGUGCAGAAAAUGAUUUGUCACGCUUUUCGCCAGGAAAAUAUCGUAUGAAGAGUAUGCUAAACGCUACUACAAAUGGAUCAUCCAAAAAUAAAUCAGAUGUCCCGUACACACCGAAUCCACAUGAUCCAAUGGCUAAAUAUAUUUGUCACAUGUGUAACCGAGGUGAUGUGGAAGAGUCAAUGCUCUUGUGCGACGGAUGUGAUGCUUCUUAUCACACUUUCUGCUUGUUACCCCCGCUACAAGAAAUACCCAAAGGCGAUUGGCGUUGUCCAAAAUGUAUUGUCGAGGAAAACUCCAAACCCGUUGAAGCAUUUGGUUUUGAGCAGGCGCAACGAGAGUAUACACUACAGCAGUUUGGGGAAAUGGCAGACCAGUUCAAAUCUAACUAUUUUAAUAUGCCCGUACACUUGGUUCCCACUGAAUUGGUAGAAAAGGAGUUUUGGCGCAUUGUUUCAUCGAUAGAUGAGGAUGUUACUGUUGAGUAUGGCGCCGAUUUGCAUACCAUGGACCAUGGUAGCGGAUUUCCUACCAAAUCGUCCUUAUAUUUGCUUCCUGAAGACCAAGAAUAUGCCGAAUCAAGCUGGAAUCUAAAUAAUCUCCCGGUUCUGGAUGAAUCAAUUUUAGGGCAUAUUAAUGCUGACAUCAGUGGAAUGAAGGUACCAUGGAUGUACGUUGGAAUGUGUUUUGCAACGUUUUGUUGGCACAACGAAGAUCAUUGGAGCUAUUCCAUCAACUAUUUGCACUGGGGUGAACCCAAAACAUGGUACGGUGUCCCAGGGAACCGUGCAGAGGAAUUUGAGGUUGCUAUGAAAUCUGCAGCACCAGAACUGUUCCAAUCUCAGCCCGAUCUCUUACAUCAACUUGUGACAAUUAUGAAUCCAAACAUACUUAUGAAUGCAAAUGUGCCCGUCUAUAGAACGGAUCAACAUGCCGGUGAAUUCAUUGUGACUUUUCCCAGGGCGUAUCACGCCGGGUUCAAUCAAGGAUACAAUUUUGCGGAGGCGGUUAACUUUGCCCCAGCCGAUUGGAUGAAAAUGGGCCGUGAAUGCGUUAACCAUUAUUCGAAAUUGCGUCGAUAUUGCGUAUUCUCGCACGAUGAAUUAGUAUGUAAAAUGGCUUUGGAACCGGAUCGGUUAAAUUUAGGAAUAGCAACUGCUUGCUAUAUCGACAUGGCUGAGAUGGUUGACACUGAAAAGAAGUUAAGAAAGAAUCUACUGGAAUGGGGCGUGACAAACGCGGAACGUGAGGCAUUCGAACUGUUAUCGGACGAUGCACGACAGUGUGAAAUCUGCAAAACCACUUGCUUCUUGUCAGCUGUGACGUGUAAAUGCACCAACAAUUUGGCUUGUCUCCGCCAUUUUGCUGAAUUGUGUGAAUGUCCACCGGAGAACCACACCUUGAAGUAUCGAUACACCCUGGAUGAGCUACCAUUGAUGGUACAGAAGCUCAAAGUAAAGGCCGAAUCUUUCGAAAAAUGGCUGUUUAAGGUCCGAGAUGUACUUGAUCCGGCGGUAAGCACUAACAUAACCUUAGAUGAGCUACAGGAGAUAGCACAGGAAGCCGAGACACAGAAGUUCCCAAAUAGUGUCAUUCUGGAACGAUUGAACUUUUCAAUUUUGGAGGCUCAGAAAUGUAUCACUGUAAUUCAGCAGCUGGAUAUUAACAAGAUUCGUACGAGGACUAGAAAUUCAUCAGAAUGCGCCAAAUAUAAGCUAACUCUGGAGGAGCUUGAUAUGUUCGUCAACGAAAUCAACAACUUACGAUGUAUCAUACGUGAAGGGGAUAGCGUGAGAGAGCUUCAAAAAAUUGGCAAAGAGUGGGUCAAGCAGGUGGAAAGUGCUCUGAAGGCUCGUUUCAAGGAUUCCAAUAUUCAACAGCUUACACAUCUCAUCGAUGAAGGAAAUUCCCUUUGUAUUGAAUUGCCCCAAAUAGUGCAGCUAAAGGAUCGUUUGGCUCAGUUCAAGUGGUACAAGCAAGUUCGUUUGUUAAGAGAGAAUACUAUUGAUCGGCUUUCAUUAGAUGAAAUCAAAAGGCUUUUGAACGAAGGAAUGAAGAUCCUGCCACAUACCGUUUUGGAGAAAGAAUUGGCCGAGUUGCAUGGCAUCAUGUUACAGAUUGUUGACUGGGAGCAGUCUGCAAGCCAAUGUUUCAAAACCGAAACGCAGCAUAAGAUCAGUGAAAUAGAAAACUUGCUUGAACGAGCACAUGUGAUCGAAGACUUCUUGCCAUCGCAUAAUCAACUCAGAGAUGCUCUGCAAAAGUCCAAGGAAUGGCUCCAUGCCAUCGAAUCCUUGGAACGGAAUGAAAACUACAACUUUUUCCACACCCUACAAAAUAUCGCUAACCGUGCAAAAUUGCUUCCCAUGAAAGAAGAACGACAAAGAUUGUUUGAAAGUAUGGGGGCAGAUUCCGAAGGAAAACUGUCACUUUCAUCGUUUGGUUGUAUCGAUACGGCAAUCAGUAGCGGUUUAAAAAGAAAGAAAUUGGAAAAUGUUGACGACGUUAUCAAGAAAAUUAAGGAAGACCCAUGCAUCACAGAACUCGAUGAACAAAUUUUGAAGGCACAGAUUCUUUGCUGGAAUGAUAAAAGUAGAGUCAGCGCGUUAAGUAUGUCUGGUUGGUAUACGAGUAUUGAGGAAAAGUUCGGUGAAAGCAAAAUUGUUUACCAUUGUGGAAAAUGUUCAGAAAUUGCGAGGAAGAAACGAAUUAAACAGUAUCAAGAGGAGAAACGGGAAUUCAACGGCGAGCAAUUUAAACCUGACCUGGAUAUCAAAGUGGAAACGAAAGAAAAAGAGGAAGAUGAACAAGAGGUACAUGAAAGCUUUGACGAUUUCGAAGAUGUUGACAAUGAGUUUGAGGAUCAAAUGAGCGACCCAGAUAACGAAACCGAUCAAGACAGUGAUAAUAGUCAUGAUGACGAUGAAGAAGCAGCAGGAGAUGCAUUCAUCGGAGACAGCGAGGACAGUAAUCAAGGCAAUGAGCACGCAAACAGAAGUACAUCGGUAGACGAUGGUGUCAAGAACUCCAAUAACACGAGACUUCCAGCUAGCUCUUCGUAUUGUGAAGCAGCUCAUUCCAAUGUUACUAGUCACCAAGGAAAGGGUUACAAACAAAAACUGACUGGCGGAAAUAUAAGUAAGGGUGAUUCAUUUACGACAUCUACAGCGACUACAGCGAUAUUGGAUCCCCGUGGGGUGAUUUUUUAGAUGGUUCCGACACUUUGUGUAGUAAAAUAGUACCUUUACCUUAAUCACAAUUUGUGUUUACGAGCUCUUGCUUUUUCCCCACGUAAGAUAUGUUAGUCACGUAUCUGAGAAAUUCUCCCAUUAUUUUGGAAAUUUGCAAUACGUUUAAUGGUCCAUCCCUCAAUCGUUUCUGGAUACUAACGUCGCUUUUGAACUAUUAUAGAAGUAAGUGUCUAUAUUAUUACAUAUAAGUUUCAAAUGUCAAAUACAGAAGGUAAAUAUAAUACUGAAGUAAA